CAUGAGACCUAGAUUAUAUCAAUAAGACAAAAAAAUUAUUGUAUAUCUCAUUAAUAUCAUAGAAUUAUUCUUUUGACUCAAAUCAAUAUGGGUUUCCCCAAACAACUAAGAAUAGAGAAAAUUAAAAAAGUAUGUUUUAGCCUGAAUUCUCUAUUCAUGAAAGUUCGUCUCCCAGAAGAAGACCAUAUAAUCGAGUUAGUAUUCUAUAUAUAUAAUUAGGUUUCAUAUAAAAUUACUCCAUCUAAUAAUUUUUCUACUCAGAUUUCAUAAAUUUCUAAAAAACUCACUUAACCAAAAUCUAAUUUGACAGACAAAUCAGGUUCAUCUAUUGAAAUCUAAAAAGAUAUGGAAAUAAUCUAGGAUUCUAAAUUGUAAACUUCUCAAAAAUAGCAUUUUCAUACAUAAAAUUAUUAGUUAAAAUUAGAGACAAAAUCAAAAGAAAUCCAAACUGAUCUUAAUGAUUUUUAAAAGAAUGAUUCUAUUGAAAGAGUACAAGAAUCUAAAGUAUUAAAAUGUAUCCAAUACCCAUCAUUUUAUUCAAUAUAUGGUAAAAGAAAAAAGGCAACCUCUAGAGAUCAGCAUUCAUUAUAGGUAUAAACUUAUUUUCUUAAUUAUUAGAAAGUGUAUUCCUACAUAUUAGAUGAAUCAGGUUCACCUAAAAAUUCAAAACCUUUAGAUUGGUCAAAAAUUAAAGUUCCAUUAAAAAAUAAUGAAUGUUUAAUAGAGUUUGGUAACUACCUAACAUAAUUUGAAAAAUAAGAAAUUUUAACAUAUAAAGAUGUAAUAAAAAAUGAUUUACUUUAAUUUAGAUUUAUUAUAUAGGAUAUUCAGCUAAAAAAUAAAAUAAUUAGAUGACGUAAUUCAAUGAAGGAUUUGAUAAUGAAAAAGGGGAAUAUAUAAUAAAUUUAAAUGAUCAUAUUGCAUAUAGAUUUGAAGUGUUAGAAAUUAUAGGAAAGGGAAGUUUUGGUUAAGCACUUAAAGUAUUUGAUCAUUAGAAAAAUGUUAUUUCUUGUUUAAAGAUAAUUAGAAACAAAAAAAAGUUUUAUAAUUAAUCCUUAAUAGAAAUUUAAAUUCUUACAUAUAUUAAAGAUAAAGAUCCUGAAAACCUGACAAAUAUCAUCAAGAUUAAAGACUAUUUUGUAUUUAGAAAUCAUGUGGUAAAAUUCUAAUGCUAAUUUUAAGUGUUUGAAUUUUGAAUUACUAUCAAUGAAUUUAUAUGACCUUAUAAAAUUAAACAACUUUUCAGGAUUACAAUUGGAAUUGAUAAGAAGAUUUGCUAUUUAAAUACUUAAUUCAUUAAGUUUUCUUUAUAAACACAAUAUAAUUCAUUGUGAUUUAAAACCAGAAAAUAUAUUACUUAAAAAUGCUAAUAAAAGUGGAAUUAAAAUAAUAGAUUUUGGAAGUAGUUGUUUUGAAGAUCAAAAGAUUUAUACCUAUAUAUAAUCAAGAUAUUACAGAGCCCCAGAAGUUAUACUAGGAAUUCCAUAUAGUAAAAGCAUUGAUAUGUGGAGUUUUGGAUGCAUAUUAGCUGAAUUAUAUUUAGGAUUCCCUUUAUUUCCUGGAGAGAAUGAAUAAGAAUAAAUUAGUUUCAUUCUAGAAUUAUUAGGUCCUCCUGAUUAAGAAAUGCUUUAAGUAUAAAAUUGAUUAUUAUUGAUAAGAAUGCUGAAAGAAGGAAAUUGUUUUUUAAAGAUUACCAUCCUUAUAAACCAUUAAUUUAUUAAAAUAAAAGAGGAAAGGUAAGAAUACCUGGAAGCAAGAAUUUGAAUAGUAUUUUAAGAUGUAAUGAUAAUUUGUUUGUUGAUUUUUUAUCUAAAUGCUUAGUUUGGAAUCCAAAAAAAAGAAUCAAACCAAUAGAUGCUUUAAUGCAUGUAUUUAUUUUAGAAGGAUUACCCAGUUAAAUUAGACAUCAACAUAUUCAAUAUAUAGAAAAUGAGUAUUAAACAUAAAUAUAGAAAAAAAAUCCAUUGUAUUAAGGUGAAUAAGGAAAAUAAAUUUCAAUGAAUUUUACUUCAGAACCAGAAAUGUAUCAUAAUCCAAAAUUGAAAAGUUAAGUGUUAAAUUAAAAAUUUUCUUAUAUUAAAUAACAUUCAUAAGAAAAAGAAUCUGAGAAAGAGAUUGAAAAAGAAACUUAAAAUGUAUCCAAAAGAUUAUCUUUAUCUUUUCAUUCUAAUAAACACUCCAAUUAUAAGCAACCUUUUUUAUUUAAUUUAAAUCCAGAAACAACUAAAAAUUUAAUUAAAAAAAAGAUUAAUUGA